UCUAAAAAUUAAUGCGGUGCCUUCUCAUUCUACAACUCUCAACCAGAUCUCUAAUCUUGAGAUACAUUUCAUUUUUUUCAAUACCUAAUGGACAUGUUCUUAAAACAAUAAAUGGUCUCUAAGAUCUCUUCCAACAAAAAACCUUGAAACUUCACUUUAAACCCUCCUACUAGCAGAAUCCAGAAAUUGCAUUUAUGGUUAUUGAGUCAGUGCCUUGAAAAAAGUACUUUCAGUUUCACUAGGCUCUGAAGCCAUUAAAAUUGUUGCUUAACUUCUAACUAUUUGAUCACUGAGGAAAAUCCAGAAAGCUACGUAACACUGGAGGGGUAAAAUAAAAGUCCAGCGAUCCAGUGAAAGAAAAGAGAAGUGACAGAAACACCUUUACCUGGACUGAAGAGAAAAGCACAGAGAAGAGAACAACGCCCUGGACAUGGCUCCAGAGAUCCACAUGACAGGCCCAAUGUGCCUCAUUGAGAACACUAAUGGGGAACUGGUGGCGAAUCCAGAAGCUCUGAAGAUCUUGUCUGCCAUUACACAGCCUGUGGUGGUGGUGGCAAUUGUGGGCCUCUACCGCACAGGCAAAUCCUACCUGAUGAACAAGCUGGCUGGGAAGAAUAUGGGCUUCUCUCUGGGCUCCACAGUGGAAUCUCACACCAAAGGAAUCUGGAUGUGGUGUGUGCCUCACCCCAAGAAGCCAGAACACACCCUAGUCCUGCUUGACACUGAGGGCCUGGGAGAUGUAAAGAAGGGUGACAACCAAAAUGACUCCUGGAUCUUCGCCCUGGCCAUCCUCCUGAGCAGCACCUUCGUGUACAAUAGCAUGGGAACCAUCAACCAGCAGGCCAUGGACCAACUGCACUAUGUGACAGAGCUGACACAUCGAAUCCGAUCAAAAUCUUCACCUGAUGAGAAUGAGAAUGAGGAUUCAGCUGACUUUGUGAGCUUCUUCCCAGACUUUGUGUGGACACUGAGAGAUUUCUCCCUGGACUUAGAAGCAGAUGGACAACCCCUCACAGCAGAUGGGUACCUGGAGUAUUCCCUGAAGCUAACACAAGGUACCAGUGAAAAAGAUAAAAAUUUUAAUCUGCCCCGACUCUGUAUCCGGAAGUUCUUCCCAAAGAAGAAAUGCUUUGUCUUUGAUCGCCCCGUUCACUGCAAGAAGCUUGCCCAGCUCGAGAAACUACAUGAUGAAGAGCUGGACCCCGAAUUUGUGCAACAAGUAGCAGACUUUUGUUCCUACAUCUUUAGCAAUUCCAAAACUAAAACUCUUUCAGGAGGCAUCAAGGUCAACGGGCCUCGUCUAGAAAGCCUGGUGCUGACCUAUAUUGAUGCUAUCAGCAGUGGGGAUCUGCCCUGCAUGGAGAACGCAAUCCUGGCCUUGGCUCAGAUAGAGAACUCAGUUGCAGUGCAAAAAGCCAUUGCUCACUAUGACCAGCAGAUGGGCCAGAAGGUGCAGCUGCCCACGGAAACCCUCCAGGAGCUGCUAGACCUGCACAGGGACAGUGAGAGGGAGGCCACUGAAGUAUUUAUGAAGAACUCUUUCAAGGAUGUGGACCAUCUGUUUCAAAAGAAAUUAGCGGUCCAGCUAGUAAAAAAGCGGGAUGACUUUUGUAAACAGAAUCAGGAAGCAUCAUCAGAUCGUUGUUCAGCUUUACUUCAGGACAUUUUCAGCCCUCUAGAAGAGGAAGUGAAGAUGGGAAUUUAUUCGAAACCAGGCGGCUAUUGUCUCUUUAUUCAGAAGCUACAAGACCUGAAGAAAAAGUACCAUGAGGAACCAAGGAAGGGGAUACAGGCUGAAGAGAUUCUGCAGACAUACUUGAAAUCCAAGGAGUCUGUGACUGAUGCAAUUCUACAGACAGACAAGAUUCUCACAAAAAAGGAAAAGGAGAUUGAAGUGGAACAUGCAAAAGCUGAAUCUGCACAGGCUUCAGCAAAAAUGGUGGAGGAAAUGCAAAUAAAGUAUCAGCAGAUGAUGGAAGAGAAAGAGAAGAGUUAUCAGGAACAUGUGAAACAAUUGACUGAGAAGAUAGAGAGGGAGAGGGCCCAGUUGCUGGAAGAGCAAGAGAAGACCCUCACUAGUAAACUUCAGGAACAGGCCCGACUACUGAAGGAGAGAUGCCAAGGUGAAAGUACCCAACUUCAAAAUGAGAUACAAAAGCUACAGAAGACCCUGGGAAAAAAAAACAAGAGAUAUAUGUCCCGUAAGUUAAAGAUCUAAACAACAGAGCUUUUCUGUCACCCUGACUCAAGGCAUAACUGAAACAAUUUUAGAAUUUGGGACAAGUGUCACUAUAUUUGAUAAUAAUUAGAUCUUGCAUCAUAACACUAAAAGUUUACAAGAACAUGCAGUUCAAUUAUCAAAACUAUGUUUUUUCCUUAAAAAGAUUGUAAGUUGUGCAACAAAGAUUGCAUUUACCUCCGUACCAACAGAGGAGGGGUCAUGAGUUGCUGCCAUUCAGAAGUUUAUUCUUCCAGAUGACCAGUGGAUACUGAGGAAAGUCUUAGGUAAAAAUCUUGGGACAUAUUUGGGCACUGGUUUGGCUAAGUGUACAAUGGGUCCCAAUAUCAGAAACAACCAUCCGAGCUUACUAGGGAAGACAGUGUACAGUUCUCCAUUAUAUCAAGGCUACAAGGUCUAUGAGCAAUAAUGUGAUUUCUGGACAUUGCCCAGGGAUAAUUCUCACUGACAGAUCUCAAGCUAAAGCAAACCACCUUAUACAAAAAUCUAGAAUCUUAUAUUUUCCAUAGGAAGGUAGAAGAAAUCAUUAGCAUUGAGUAGGAAUUGAAUCAUAAACAAAUGGGCUAAUGAAGAAAUAUUUUCUUUCUUCUUCAGUUCAUCUAGAUUAUAACGUUAAUGUGACACUUUAGACCUUUAGACAGUUGACACUGAAUUAAAUAAUCACAUCAUAAUAAUUAUUCACUGUGUAAUUUUAGUGAUGUAUAACUUGCAAUGAUGCACUUUGAUGAUAGAGAAUAUGUCAGAAAAUUGAACUAACUUAAUUAUUUGAUUGUUUUAAUCCUAAAGCAUAGGCUAGUCUUUUCCUAAUUCUUAAAGGUCAUACUUGAAAUCCUGCCAAUUUUCCCCAAAAGGAAUAUGGAAUUUUUUUGACUUUUUUUUGAACAAUAAAAUAAUUAUCUUGUUAUUACUUAGUAUAUGUAGACUUCAUCCCCAUUAUCAAAAGUCCUAGGUAAGUGGUUGACAUUUCUUACAGCAAUUACAGUUUAUUUUUGAACUAGAAAUAAACUAACCUAGAAAUAAAAUAA